CAGUAGAGUGUGUGAUCAGACACGGUGCAGCAGUCAGUCACUGUGUGUUUAGCUAAUUCUUUUUUGGGAUUAAACUGGGUUUGGGUCCUCAGUAAGAAUUGUCAUGUCACUGAAGGUGUGUGAGCGCUUUAAAGUCCGAAUGUAAGACUGCAUUUCCACCACACACAGUGUCUCUGCUUAUGGACAUUAGCUAUUACAAUGCUGGUGUGUUUUUAUCUUCUCCUUCUUCUCCACAUCAUUGAAGGAUGCACGCUGAAAGGAAAUAGAGAGACAGAAAAGAUCACUGCAUACACAGGAGUCUCAGUACUGCUGCCCUGCUCCUGCACUGACCUCCACAGAAAACCUGAGAAAUUCAAAUGGGAGAAAUACACAAAUGAAUAUAACUGGGUACAGAUAUCUCCUGAGAGUGAUCAGUACAAAGAGAGAUAUCAGCUGGUUAAUGAUCACUCUUCAGGAAAUCUCUCUCUGCUCAUAUCACACCUGACUGAAGAGGAUGGAGGAAUUUAUAGGUGUACUAUUAAAGGGGCUGUAUACAGAGACAUCAGACUCACUGUUAAAGGUUGCACACUGAAUCAACAGACAGUGUAUGUGACUGGAAACAUGGGGCAGUCUGUCCUUCUGCCCUGCUCCUGCUCUGAACUACAAGCCAAACCACACACUUUCACGUGGAGCUUUUAUAAAGGAUCAGUUCACAUGACAAUCUUCCCAAAGGAACAGACAAAUCGCUACACAGGCAGAGUUCAGCUCUUUAAUGAUCAUCCUCCAGGAAAUCUCUCUCUACUCAUAUCACUCCUGACUGUAGAGGAUGGAGGAUGGUACAGGUGUGAGAUCAACAACAAAAUCAGUAAAGACAUCAGACUCACAGUAAAAGGGGCCACAGAAAGACCUUCAAUUUCCACACCAAAGAGCAAACCAGACAUCAUAACUACUAAACCAACCCCGGUGUUCAGUGAUGAAACAUUUAAAAUAUCCAAAGAAGAGCCCAGCAACUCACUUUUUAAGAACCAGAUCAUUAUCAUCAGCUCUAGUGUUGCUGGAGUUCUGCUGCUGCUGCUGAUACUCGGAGGAUUCAUCUACUGGAAACACAGAGGACAGACCCAGAGCAGUGAUGGACAAACAGGACGGAGGACAGAGCAGAAGAAGCAGGACCGUAAUGAGCCUCUGAACAUAACCGUAACUUCAGAGCCCACUUAUGAAGCAGUAGACAAACAGAAUGAUUCUAGUGUUCUGUAUGCAGUUAUAAAUCCACAAACUAAACUCAAGAAAGCAGAAGUAAAGGAUGAUGUGACGUACUCCUCUGUAGUCCACAGUAACACUGUGAGAGCGACACACACUCCAGUGGCAUCAGGAGAUACUACAGUAUAUGCUAGCAUCAAAACUAACUAACACACACACACACACAUUUUUCAAUUGACUUGUGUGUUACUAAUGUGUUUUUGCUAAGUACUACUGACUUUUUAUCUCAUAACGUCUUGAGCCUAACAUAAAAAAAAAGUUUUAAAAUAUAUCAAAUAAAAUAAUUUUGUAACCGGAUUAUUUCAUACUAACAUAUACAUUAUGAAUAACAAUAAAUUAUGAAUAAUAAUAAUGAUGAUGAUGAUGAUGGUUAUGAUUAUGAUGAUAAUAUUAACAAAUUAUUAAGUUUACUUAUUUUUGUCUAUAGUGGAUAUUCUCAUUCAUUGUGUUUUAUUAAACCUUUUAUUUUAAUUUAAUUUUAUUUUAUUUUGCAUUAUCUUCAGCUGACCUCAUUUCUUGGCUGUAGAAAUGUAAACAGAAACAGUUGUUAUAUAGUGUCUUUGGAAAAAUAUGAUUAUUGUAGGUGUAUAAAUACCUGUAAGCACUUAAAAUAGAUUUAAUUUUUGUUUCAAGGUGUGAAAGUUUAAUUUCUUAAAUAAACAGUAAAAUCUGAAAAGCUCACUGUGAAGCGUCUUCUUACGUCUGAACACCAGCAAGGCUACAAGCCCGGACUCCACCCUGAAGCACUGUGCCAGUCAGCUGUCCCCAGUAUUCACAGACAUUUUUAAUACCUCACUGGAGACCUGCCAUGUGCCAGCCUGCUUCAAGACCUCAGCCAUCAUCUCAGUCCCCAAAAAGACAAGGAUCACAGGACUUAAUGAUUACAGACCCGUCGUCCUGACUUCUGUAGUCAUAAAGUCUUUUGAGCGCCUCGUGUUGUCCUCCCUCAAGGACAUUACAGACCCUCUCCUGGAUCAACUACAGUUCGCCUACAGAGCCAACCGAUGAGACGAUGUUGUGAACAUGGCCCUGCACUUCACCCUCCAACAUCUAGACUCCCCAGGAUCCUACACCAGGAUACUGUUUGUGGACUUCAGCUCUGCAUUUCACACGAUUGUCCCAUCUCUGCUUAGAGACAAGCUCUCUCAGCUGAGUAGCUCUCCUGCCAGUAGCGGUACAUCUCCAGGACCCAGAGACGUGCAGCCAAGAUCGCAGUUGAGCCCUCUUAUCCCAGAAAUGAACCCUUUCAGCCCCUCCCCUCUGGCAAGAGUCUCUGGUCCAUUAGGACCAGGAGCUCAUGCCACAAGAACAGUUUCUUCCCCACUGCAGUCAGCUUGCUGAACAGUGCCCCACUUACCCACAGAUGACCCCCCCCAACCCCUAAAAAACGUACGGACAGUCACUUUCAAAUUCUAAAUUGCACUACUGUUUGUUCAAACUCACACUUCUGUACACAAUAUUUAUUUCAUUCUAGAUUGUGUGCAUACUUCAUAUCUGUAUAUGUGUUUGGGCAGUCACUUUCACUUUUUACACUCUAAAUUGCACUACUUCUCACACAGUCACUUUAUACAGUAUUUAUUUCACUUAUUCUAGCUUUAUUUGAAAAUUAUGUACACAUUUCAUAUCUGUGUAUAUGUUUGCACCUGACACCAAG